AAUCUAUCAUAUCAAAAUAUCCGUGAUCAAUAUAUAUAUAUAUAUAUAUCAUUAAAUGGGUGGUACACCUGUUCUGGCUCCUUCAGUCCAAGAGUUGGCAAAGCAAGGCAUUACAGAAGUUCCAGAACAAUAUCUUCAACCAAAUCAAGACCCUAUUCUUGUAUCAAACACAACCUCUUUACCACAACUCCCAAUUAUUGACUUUGAUAAAUUAUUAUGUGAAGAUGUAACUGAGCUAGAGAAGCUACACCAUGCUUCUAAGGAAUGGGGUUUCUUUCAGCUAAUAAAUCAUGGAGUGAACAGUUCAUUGAUAGAAAAUGUGAAAAUUGGUGUUGAAGAAUUCUUCAAUCUUCCAAUGGAAGAGAAAAAGAAGUUUUGGCAAACAAGAGAAGAAUUGCAGGGAUUUGGACAGGUGUAUGUUGCAUUAGAAGAAGAAAAGCUAAGAUGGGGUGAUAUGUUCUUCGUUAAAACUUUCCCUUUGGACAUGAGGCAUCCCAAUUUAAUUCCUUGUAUUCCACAACCUUUCAGAGAUGAACUUGAUAGCUAUUCUCUACAAUUGAAAAAACUAUGUUUCAAAAUAAUUGAGUUUAUGACAAAAGCUUUAAAGACCAAACCAAAUGAAUUGCUAAAUUUAUUUGAAAAUGGAGAUCAAUCAAUAAGGAUAAAUUACUAUCCUCCAUGUCCCAAACCAGAGCAAGUCAUUGGACUUAAUUCUCAUUCUGAUGGUACUGCCCUUACCAUCCUUCUCCAAGUCAAUGAAAUUCAAGGCCUUCAAAUCAGAAAAGAUGGAAACUGGAUUCCUAUUAAUCCUAUCUCUGAUGCUUUUGUUGUCAAUGUUGGAGAUAUGUUCGAGAUAAUGAGCAAUGGAAUUUAUCGAAGCAUUGAACAUCGAGCAACAGUUAAUUCAGAAAAGGAGAGGAUCUCUGUGGCAGCAUUUCACAAUCCUCAAGCAGGUAUAAAUCUAGGUCCAGCACCAACCCUUGUUACUCCUCAAACUCCUGCAUUAUUCAAAACUAUUCCUCUUCAAGAUUAUGUUGAUGGAUACCUUUCAAGCAAGAUCAAGGGAAAGUCAUAUUUGGAUUUUGUUAGGAUCCAAAAUGAGAUUCAGGAAUAAUUCAGAUUCAUGGCUUUCAAUAUGCUUUUAUGUCUUUUAUCAAAUAACAGGACUUAUGCUUUGGUCCUAGUAAAAAUUUGCCUUUGGUUUUCUUUAUUCUAAAAUUUUAAAUAAAUGUGUUUGCUCCCUUUAAAACAAGUGAUUUUCCUUUGUGGUUUUCAUAAUUGCAUUAAAAGAACAUGAACAUUGUUUUGUUCUUCCUAUCA